CGUGCAUUUCAUUUGAUCGGCAUCAUCGUCGUCUCCGAAUUUGAUCGGAAUCGAUAUUUACAAAACUGUUCUUCACAUAGAUGCCGACAUUUUGCACUUCACGCGGAAAAGUAAUGCGUUUGCACGGCGAUCUCAGGUGUGUGCCGACAAAACGAACUUUGUUUAAUUAUAUAACAUUAUAAAUACCUAUAAAUACCAACUACGGCUGCGAAAAUCGCUUCGUGUCCAGAUAUGCGACAGUUAUUGAACUCGGACGCGUGCGUUUCCGGCCGAACCGGGCUAGAACGGGUCGACGCGCGCGAAACGCGGACGAAACGCGGCGAUAUGUGACAAUAUUGUGUGCAUUUCUUUUUGAUUUCAUUGUUGAACAGGGGCUUGAAAGUUUCCAGCGCCGCGGAUGAAGCGCGGGCAGCAGCGCCCUCUGCUGGCGGAUCCGGAAACGACACGCAUGCGCUAGGCCUCAUGCGGCACUAACACACACACACACACACACACACACUCUCGCGUGAAACUUGCUCUGAAGAUUGCCUGUUAAUACAACGAUUGUCUCGUCUUCUAGUUUAGCUGGUUAGCUGAAGUACAGAAGCAGUGUUUGUGCGGCGCUGCUGGUGUUUGUUCGAGGUUAGCGCAGGCCAAAGAAGGCUUGACAUUGAUUUGAAGGACAGAUAAGAACGCUCUUCUUCUAGCGUUUUUAUUUUUAUAGAUUUGCAGCGUACGAAUGCGUGCUGUCCUAACUCUGAGGAUAGCUGGGAAACUAGCUCUGGACUAAAAGUGAAGUAUAUCUGAAGUAUUUUCCUCAAACGAGCCGUUUAGUCUCGGUCAUUUCACUUUGAUGGCAUCGAAUAGGUUAGCUUUAUAGUCAGUGACUGGACAUAAACGUACGAGCCUGAGGGAAAAACGCUAAAUUUCAUUUCUGAAUUCUUCAUUCUUUCAUGCUUUCUGAUUGUUCUUCGUUGUAUGAAGUACCUCGUUUUAGUGUUUUAAAGGAUUUGACGUUAGUUUAUGGAGCAGUCUGAUGAAUAUAUCUGGGCCGGGUUUACCCUUAAAACUAAGGCAAGCUGAUUUAAGGACGAAACAAAAGGUUAAAUUUGUGUGCAAAAUAAUUUUGGGGUGAUUCAUGAGAUUCAGUCCUGGAUUCUGGUUCAGGCCGUGCGGUCUACAUGUUUACGAGCACCCGACCUUUAAAGAACUCAUCACAAUGUACCUGUGUGUCUCUGAGGUGUGAUGGAGUCGUCCGGCCCGAGCUCGGCCGCUCCAGAGUUUGACGUGUACGGGGCGAUGGACUGGAAGGACGGAGUGGGAACACUGCCUGGCAGCGAGCUCAAGUUCCGGGUGAAUGAGUUUGGGGUCCUGGAGGUCAUAACGGACGAGAUGGAGGAGGAGAGGGGCAAGAAAGCUCACGCCACCACCACAUGGAGCGUGCCCAUGGCUCAAGAGGCUCUCUCAGAGGGGCCGGUCUCUAAGGAGGAGACGGCAUGGGCCCAGCGAGGCCUGGUGUGUGUCCGCUGUAACAGGAAGGGCUCAGUGGUGGACUUCCUGUCUAACGGGCUCCACUGCAGCGAGCGCUGUCUUCAGCAGGAGCAGCAAGAAGAGCUGAAGAGAGAAGGCCCCAGAACAAACGGAGAGGUGCUCGGGAAGAAGAGGUCCCGUCUGAGCGAAAGACUCACUGAAGACAUGGACAGCUCGAUGGAGAUCGCAGAGGAGGACGAUGAAGACUACGAAGAGAAAGAAAGCAGGCGACCGGCACGUGGAGCGACGAGAGGCCGCAGAAAACGCAGAGGCGACGCAGCACUGCUCAGAUACACGGUUCCUUACGGAGGCAAGAAGAAGGCCUGGUGCUGGGCCUCGUACCUGGAGCAGGAGAGAGCCGCCACUGCCCCCAGCAAACUCUUCAAAGAGUAUCAGUCGUUUCCGCAGUGUAAGAAUGGCUUCAGGAUUGGCAUGAGACUGGAGGGGAUCGACCCUGAACACCCGUCCAUGUACUGCGUCCUUACCAUCGCUGAGGUGUUGGGACAUCGAAUCAGACUGCAUUUUGAUAAGUAUUCAGACUGCUAUGACUUCUGGGUCAAUUCCAACUCCCCUGACGUUCACCCAGUGGGGUGGUGUGAGAAAACCGGACACAAGUUGCAUCCACCGAAAGGGAUGAAGGAUGAAGAGUUUAGCUGGUCCUCCUACAUCAAGCUAAAUAAAAUACAGACGGCACCCAAAGCCCUGUUUCAGAACCAGAACAUGACCGUGACGCCUUCAGGGUUCAGGGUCGGUAUGAAGCUGGAGGCCAUCGAUAAGAAGAAUCCCUCGUUCAUCUGUGUGGCCACGAUUACAGACAUGGUGGAAAGUCGAUUCCUGGUGCACUUUGACAACUGGGACGAAAGUUACGACUACUGGUGUGAUGCAACAAGUCCUUACAUCCAUCCUGUUGGCUGGUGUCAAGAGAAUGGCAGGACCCUCACCACCCCUCCAGGAUACCCUGAUGUGAAGAACUUCUCCUGGGAGAAGUACUUGGCAGAGUCCAACUCAUUACCAGCUCCUGCUCGAGCCUUCAAAGUGAAACCUCCUCACAGUUUCCAGCUCAGUAUGAAGCUGGAGGUGGUUGACAAGAGGAAUCCCGCUCUGAUGCGAGUGGCCACAGUGGUUGAUACGGAUGACCAUCGACUGCGGAUCCAUUUUGAUGGCUGGACAGAUGAAUAUGAUUACUGGAUCGACGCAGACAGCCCAGAUAUCCAUCCUGCCGGGUGGUGCGCCAAAACCGGACACCCACUUCAGCCGCCCAUCACUCCUCAGGACAUGUUUGAGACGUCUGAGCAGGGCGGCUGUCCCACGCCAGGCUGUAGAGGAGUGGGUCACAUCAAAGGAGCCCGCUACUCUGGGCACCACAGGAACACUGCGUCUCAGAUCAGCUCUCGGAGCAGUCUUCAGCUCCAGGAAAGUGCCGUGGGUUGCCCGUAUUCUGAUAUCAACCUGAACAAGGACUCAGUUGUGCCGGAUCGCCUGAGCGGAGAGAUGCCGGGGAGCGGAGCGGGUCGGCCGCGCAGAGCAGAACCGAGCGCUGAGAUUUCAGCUGACGCUAAUGACAAACCCGUCACCUCUGCCCCGUCACACCCGGAGAAACCCAGCACGGCGAGCGCUGCCAUGGAAACGCCGCCAAAGAAGCCCGUCGGCACGGAGACCAAGCGAAGGGUUGGUCGGCCCUGUAAAGUUCGGAAGGUCGAGGAGCUGCCCCAGGAAGAGGAAGUGGAGAGCGAGGUGUCAUCAGUCACCGAAACCAAAGAGCUGACUCUACAGCAGGCCUUGCACCAGUCUGUAUUCAUGCCGUGUUCCAGCCCAUCUCCCAGCAUGCCUCACUGCUGGGAUCAGCACAGCAAGCUCCUUCCGACAGUGGCGGGCAUCACGGCCAGUAAAGUGGCAGCGUGGAGCGUGGACGAGGUGAUCGAGUUUAUCCAAGGACUUCCGGGCUGCAAGGAGCAAGUGCGCACCUUCAGAGACGAGCAAAUUGAUGGCGAGGCCUUCCUGCUGUUGACUCAGGUGGACCUGGUGAAGAUCCUCAGCAUCAAACUAGGGCCGGCUCUCAAAAUAUACAACUCUAUACUAAUGUUCAAAACCACAGAAAACUCUGCCUGCAACGAACUCUGACCAGAGCGACGGACAGCCGAGAGAGUUCAGAAGCGCUUCGGUCAAAGGGCUCAUCAUGAAGACUCGUACAGCACACGCCAUGUAGAUCACGUCCGAAUGAGCAGGUCAAACGCAUAUGAUGACAUUCACGUAUCUGUACGCACUUAUUAUCUCACGAGACGGUUUCCUGUAGUGCCCUUUCAUCGCGGGGUGUCGGUGAGAAUGUAUAUUUUACUGAGAGGUUAUGAGAGCGCUAGCGCUUUUCUAAAUUCAGGUGCUAAACGAAUGCAACUACGUGCACUGAAGAGCCGCACAAUGUCUGCUUUUGACUCUCGUUGUUUCCGUCUUGAUAUUUCUCCUUUAAUUCGUAGCUGUAGAUAAUUUCAGUGUUCGGAAAAGGGUUCUGGAUUGAAGAGCGUUAGAUGAGCUCACGCAGAUUCUUCUUGGUUUCCGGUGCGCUGUGAUGCCAUGUUAAUGCAUCACGCCGCCGUUCUUCUUUACGGUUAGGGUCGUAGUAGAAGGGUAGCGCUCUUUCUAUUUGUUUUGAUACAAUGGAUGUAGAAAUGGAGGACGGAGGGUAAAGCUACACUCAAGGCACAAAUAAUAAUUGCGAGAGCCAUAUUGGUAUUUUGUAACAGAAUGUAACUUAAUAUUCAGAAUGCCUUCAUGUACACAGUGUAAGAAGAAAAGUCUGAUUUUUCAUUAAAAUACAGACAUUUCUGUUGCUAAGGUAUGCAGCAUUCAAUUUCCCAUCUAUUUAUUUGAUAUAUGCUUUGUGGACGUGUAUGUUAACAAACCUAAACAGUUUGUGUCGAAAUGCUGUUUUUACUCACUUGUUUAAAUGAGUAAACCCACUGCGCUCAUAUUCAAAACUCAUAUGUCACGUUUCUUCAUGCCACUAAAGCUUGGGGAUUCAGUUGUGUAAAUAAGCAAUGGUUUGGAGAGGAAUUGCAGAAACCAGCGGAUGGUCUACUAAACUUCACUGUAAUUCAUUUGCAAAUAAACUUGCUGAUUGAAAAAUCUUCAUCAA